UUUGGCCUGAAUGCUUGCCAAGUAUUACAGAAGAAAGGGAAGAACAAUCAAGGGAGGAGAACAUUCCUUUGUCUCCCUCAGGAUUAGGGACAAAUGUGAAGACUCAAAUUGUAGAUGAGAGAUCCAUCAGACCUGGAGUUGGAAAAAGACAGAAAAACAUGGAAAAAUCCUUUGAAGAUCUGAAAGCAGAUUCUUCAAGAAUUGAGAUACAAUACCAGGAUUCCAGUGAGGCAGAGAUGACGGAUCCAAACUCAUUUCUGGAAUAUCCAGAAGGCAUUGUGAAGUGUGAAAAAAAUAGAGACAGUCUUGCCAGGAGCCCUAUCAAACUGCUGGGAAGAAUCAGCUUUGAUCAGCAGAAUCUCUCAUCUCCUGAUCAGUGGAAAACAGGAAGACAACUGGGAAAAUGCUUGCAAUUAGAAAGAAAGGUUAUGUUCCCGGAUGAUAAAAGUACAAAUUGUUUUAUUUCCAAUGGUGUUGUAAAAUGUCAGCGUGGUAAAUAUGAACCAAGGUCAGAAAGCAGAAAAGAAAGUAACUCUGAUUAUGAUGCUGAAGAGAUGGUAAGUGAAAAAGAAUCUGAACUACCAUUUAAUUGGUCCAACUGUUCACAGCAGUGGGAUGAACAACUAAGUGAAGUUAAGGCACAAGUAGAUGAAAAAAACAACUCUUCUUCUUCUUCUGGUUCCAAAGAACAUUCUGGUAUAUUUUUCAGUGGAUCCACCAUUUCUGAGAUUCCAAUAUGGCUUAUGGAAGAUUUAGAUGGUGAUGUAUCACAGGUAACAGGAAAGUCAAGGAAUUCUUCACUAGAUGUUUCUGACUUUCAGAACAUGGAAUGGAAACAGUCUAAUCCAGAGGACCAUAGUUCCAAAUCCAAGAUUAGUCAAUGUACACAAAGGUUUGGGCAGUGCAAAAAUAAAUGUAACAUUGAAGCAGAUGAAUGUUCAGAUAUCAAAUUGGGAAGGAACCCUGGGUUUAAGAAAAUCAAUGAUCAAAUCAUAAAUGUUACAAUUAAACCAGAGAAAAAUCAAGAGACGACACCUGCUAAAUCACAAAUGAAGCACCACAACAAUGCAAACACUGGAAAGAGAUGGAAGGCAAAAUCCUCUUCGAGUGAUUCAUUCUGCAACGAUUCGCCUUAUCCUCCCUAUCUCACAAGGUGUGGGCUCCAUAGAGCAUCCAGCAGAGGCAAGGAUGGGGGACUCUCUGAUGCUGAUUAUGCCACAGAUGAGCCCAGUGAAGUUGAGGAUUAUGUCUUAAAAAGCUGUGGAAAAUCAUUUCCCAAGAAACUCAAUGCUCAGAAACUCAUGAGCCAAAAGAACAGCCCACAGACCACAAGCAGCAGCAGCAGUAGCAGUGAAUCUAGUCUCAGAGAUGGCUGCUUGAAAUAUGAAAAGCCUUUCUCUUCCCAUAUGGCAUCUCCUUUUCAUCCCCAAGAAGCCACAAGAGUUCAACGAGAGCCUGAAAUACUGAUCAAGAGUAUUGCAAGCAAUUAUGGUGGAGAACUAAAUUGGCAGGCUCCUUCUCUGAGAAAUGAUCUUGUGGCUCACCUCUUCCCUGUUUUCAAGAGCAAAGCAAAUCCAGAACAUAGGAAAGACACUCAAGAACAAGCUCCAAAGAGGCAGAUGGCCAAGCCAGAAGAACACAAAUGGGAGGAUCCUGUCAGCCACAGAGAAACCUCUCUGUUAGCUCAAAUGAAAGACGAGCAAGCAAAAGCAAUGGAUUUUCUCAGCAGAAGAAAAAUCAGCCAGUAUGAUGCUGUCCAGGCUCAGUCAUCACAUCUGGACGAAUGUAAGAGUCAAGUAACUUUGAAACUUGACAGAGAAAAACCAGAAUGUAAGACACCCAUGCCAGCUAUUAAAAAAGAGGAAGAGUCUGAACAAAUAAGAAUGUUGAAGAAGCAAAUUGCAGGCCUACAGGAGGAGUUCAGGAGAAACAAGAUUCACUGGCAAGCUGCCCACAGCAGGCUAAGGAGUCAAGUGGAAGCACUGACCAAACAGAACCUGGAUCUCCAGGAUGAGCUUGGAAUGUCUGAGCAUCAGAAGAUGGAAACCCAGAGAAAACAUGGAGCAGUGGAUAUUAUUAACAGAAGAUCAGAAACACCGCUUUCUGCUGCUAUCUUGAGAGGGACAUCCUCGCAAGAGUCUGUAGAAGAGAGACUGUUGCAAGAUAAGCACAAGAGUCUCGUUGAUGUCCAUGUGAGAAGGAAAAUAUCAUUUGAUGAUUUGGCUCAUAAUGAUAGGAAUGCCCAGGCAACCAGAAGGCCAUUGCUGAGGUCUGAGUCGCUGAAAACAGCAAGAGGAGAACAAAGAACAAGGAACCCAUCUAAAAUGCUGAAUAAUAGAAGUAUAACCCCUACUGGUCAGAGGACACCCCAUCGAACACCAUUUCAAAUUCAGAAAGCCUCACCUCAGUUGACUUCUAACCAGCAACAAAACCAUGGAAGAGAAACACCCAUAUUGGAGUCUAACCAGGGCAUAGACAAGAAUACCGCUCCAUUUUUGUAUGUAAAAGGCAUAUGCUCUUCCACCUCAGGUGCUUCAGAAGAUGCAGUGUUUUCAAACAGUCUAAAUGCUGACAUUUUAAACUCCACACGUAUGACUGAUGUGGAAAUUCAGAUGAUGGAAGAUCUUGGCCAUAAAAGGACUCAGAAGUUUAAGGCCUCUAGGCCAAAGAGCGUCCCUGCAAAUGGAAGGAAAACACCUGAAGGCAAUCUUUCUACAUUUGAGAAGACUGAAAGAAAGCCAACAUUACUCAGAAGAGCAUCAUCCUGUACUGAAGACAAGGUUGGUGGAGAAGUGAAAGAAGAAAUUAAGUAUCUAGAUGGAAAGGUGAAGCAGCUGUUCACCGAUGGACGCAGAAUUACUAUAUACCCCAAUGGAACAAAGAUGGAAAUUAGUACUGAUAAAAAGACAGCUACUGUUACUUUUUACAAUGGCGAUAUUAAAAAGAUCUUAGCAGAUCAGACAGUGAUUUAUUACUAUGCAGAUGCACAGACAAGCAGGACUAUUUAUCCAGACGGCUUGGAGGUGCUGCAGUUUCCAAAUGAUCAGAUUGAAAAGUAUCAUCCUGAUGGUACUGAAGAGAUCAUCUUUCCGAACCAGACAGUGAAACGUCGCUAUGGUGGAGGUUUUGAGGAAACUAUUUUCCCAGAUGGCACAGUGGUUAAAGUAGAAAAAAAUGGAGAUAAAACCAUCCACUUUCGUAAUGGGCAAAAGGAGAUCCAAACUGCUGGAUCUAAAAGAAGAGAGUACCCUGAUGGUACUAUAAAGACUGUGUAUGCUAAUGGCCAGUGGGAAACCAAGAACAUUACCAAACAGCUCCAAAUGCAGAAUGACAAGGAAGCGCUUAUUCUAGAUGAAUGACUCAUUCCCCUAAAUGGCGGCCUUACAACCCUGCUGUUUGCAAGGGUCCGAAAGCUUCUGCCAGCGUUAAAAUUCAAAAUGUAAGUGAUACAAAUAGAAUACGGAUUGCUGCAAAUUAACGUAAACAGUGACAUAAUCAGCAUUUUUUUAAAAAAAGAAAACACCUUAUAGUGAUGUUCAAUAUGAAUUUAUUUUUGAAAGAUUGGUGGGAAAAAAAUGGAUGCUCCCAUCUGCCUGAAGUGGAAAGGAAUUCCGGAAUCAUAGCAAAAGCCUGCAGACUCUAUUAGCUUUUGUUUGAGCUGUGAAGAGUUGUGAGGAAGAAUCAAGAACCUCUAUACUGUAACUCUAAUCAUACAAGUAAUAUGGUAUAUUCUAAAUGAAGCAGCAUGGUGCCCUCGAGGUGGAGCUCUCCCCUCACAAGCUGGAGGCUGUGAGUUCGAUCCUAGGUAGCGGCAGAUAUUUCUCUCUUUGGGCACAAUGAAUCUGCUGUGAACUCUGCAGAGGCAUCAGGAAGGGCAUCCAUCUGUAAACACUCAGCUCCAGUCAUUUGCCCCAAGUCCACUCCAAUGCAAGGGAUUACAGGGUCAUUAAAAGAAAAAAAACCCCAGUAUAUUCUAAUUAAUCUGUCACAACGACUUCUAGCAUGUGAAACACAUUGUGGUGAUGUCGGAAAUAUGACACAGAUACAAUAACGUCAUCACACAUAGCUGUAUCCAGAGGUUUGAUGGAAAUCCAUAAACUGUAGUGUUUUGGGUGAAGGUGUUGCAAAUCUUUUGUCAUUUGUUGCACUCCUAUGUGGAUCAUCAUAAUUUUUAUCAUGCAAGUUUGAAUGCCUGUACUCAUCUAUAGCCUUUUGUAUGUGGCAAAGGAAAAUGUUUUUCUUUUUUAAUGUAAACUAUUUUUUCUAAAAUAUCACCAGUUGUGAGCUGAUCAAGGUUAUCUUCCCAAGAUCUGAGUUUUGAGAUUUCUGUCAUUAGCUGAGCCAUUAUUUGUUAAGCCAGGGUUUGUUGAAUUAGUCAUAACUGACUGGAUUCUCACAACAUGCCAAGCCAUAAACAGUGAUUUACAAAUCACAAUGAGAUCAAGCUAAAAUACAUACUAUAUUGUUGUGUGCAACCAGGCCAGAACAUACAACUUUCAGCCAGGGAGGCUGAGGCAAUGCCUCUUAAAACUUGUGAAAAGGCAGCAAUAAGAAUAGAUGUUUCUGGAGCUAGAAGGGCUAGUAGUUAGGUGGAAAUGACUACACACACACCAAUCAAGUAGUUGCUGAAUGAAAAGCUGUUUUGUAUGCAACAGGAAGUAAAAGUCAUCCUUGAUUUACUGUUCUGACCUAGGCUUCCUUAGAUAGCAUACAACACAAUCUUAGUCCCGGCAAACCUCUUUUAUUCAUACGUCUGUGAAUUAUUGUCAUUCCCAGUCCGAAAGGCUUCUCAAACAGUCUCUCAGGGGAGUGUUCACAAA